UUGCCGAUUGGCCGGGCCGCUCUCGACCAAUCCGGACGCGACUCUCAUUAACACUCGGACCGGGGCGUCGGUGUUGUCACAUCGCCACCGCCGCCACACAGUCAGUCGGCACCGAACGCGCUCACCGUGGUGUAGUCGUACACGAGUAUUCCGUCGUUGGCCACCGCUAUCCCCCGCGUACAGCAACAGAAAACUCACAAUAAUCUUUUUUCUCGCCCGAAAAUCGUUCACGCGCAUCCCUUCCGCAACUUCCGAUCCGCCGCUACCGUACGUACUUCCUCGCGACACUCAAUAGACGUUUAUCGUUAUAUAUAUAUAUAUAUAUUUUUUUUUUUUAUACAUCAAUAACUAUACACGAGACGAUUGUGACCGCGGUGUGCAUGAUCGAAAGUUCCGCGAAUCGUCGACCGGUCGCCGAACUCCACACAAUAAUCGUACAAGUCGUCAGUGAAUGCUCGUGCAGAAGUCUGGUCCACCGUAGUGGCCGGGGCAAACGGUAACGGCGCGGACGGCGUGGCUGUUAUGCGGUUCGAGCAAGCGGACCUCAGGUGCCGGUCACCCCGUGGGGCGCCGGACACCCCUCAAACCGCGGCGGCGAUGACCGGCGGACAGCGUUCGCCGGACACCUCGUUCACGGCCCGCGCGGCGUCCACCGACUUUUCCGUCAGCUCGUUGCUGACCAACAACAACAACAACAGUUCGACGGCGUCCAACAACACCAACGGACAACCGCCGUCGGCUUACCCGCCGCCGCCACCUCCGCAGCCUGGACUUUCAGCGGCCGCGGCGGCCGCGUAUAUGGGCGCCUGCUACCCGGGCACCAUGAUACCCAUGCCCAAAAUGCACCACCACGCGCCCCAUCAUCCAGCCGCGUCCGGUUACCCGACGGAAGAGAUGCUGGCGCUGGCCGCGGCCGUCGCGCACGGCGUCCACCAUCCCCAUCCGGCCGCCGCACUACCCAGGUCCGUCCGACCCGACGACGACGGCGUUGUGGACGACCCGAAGGUCACGCUGGAGGGCAAAGAUCUGUGGGAAAAGUUCCACAAGUUGGGCACCGAAAUGGUCAUCACCAAAUCUGGCAGGCGGAUGUUUCCCGCUUACAAAGUCCGAGUUAUGGGACUUGACAAAAAGGCCAAGUACAUACUGCUAAUGGAUAUCGUGGCCGCCGAUGACUGUCGCUAUAAGUUCCACAACAGGUACAAAAAUCGAUGGAUGGUAGCCGGAAAAGCUGAUCCGGAAAUGCCGAAACGAAUGUACAUCCAUCCGGAUUCCCCGUCGACCGGCGAGCAGUGGAUGCAAAAAGUAGUCUCGUUUCACAAGUUAAAGCUCACCAACAACAUAUCUGACAAACACGGAUUUGGCCUAAAUCAGUUUUCGCUACAGACCAUAAACAGGCCUUACGAUCGUUUCCACAGAUUUCCAGAGACGAUAUUGAACUCGAUGCACAAGUACCAACCACGUUUCCAUCUAGUCAGAGCCAACGACAUCAUCAAGUUGCCGUACUCAACUUUCCGCACGUACGUGUUCAAGGAAACCGAAUUCAUAGCCGUGACAGCGUACCAAAAUGAAAAGAUCACCCAGUUGAAAAUAGACAACAAUCCGUUCGCCAAAGGUUUCCGGGAUACCGGUGCUGGAAAGAGAGAAAAAAAAUCUGUACAACGUUAUGGUGUUUUCAGGCAAGCAAUGUUGGCGGCUCAACGGCACGGCGGUCAAGCGUCGCAAAUCGGUCAGGAAGACAAACACCACGCGGGUUCUGACCACGAAGACGACAAACCUCUGGACGUGGUCGGAGGCGAUCCUGACUCUCCCCUGUCUUCGCACCACCACCACCACCAUCACCAACCGCACCAACCAGGUUCGUGGUUUUCUGGAUUGGCCGACGGCAGCCUGCUCCUAGAAGACGCCAUGAGACGGCGACUUGCCGGCCACCCUGCCCUCCACCACGCGGCUUUUCUGCAACACCAUCAGCAGACCCACCAGGAAAUCGAUAGCGAACAAGAGAGUAGCUGUUCCGAAUCCGGCCGAGACAGGAUGAACUCGCCGUCGGACAAGGAAUCGGCAGGACCUUCCGGACCAGCACACAGUCCCGGAGACUAUCCUUCGCCAAAUGUCUCGUUCGGACCUCCGAUACCGCCUUCCCCUCACCUGCUACCGUACCUAUACCCGGGCAUGUAUCCCGGCGCCGCCGGACUCGGCGGUCCCCUGUGCCCGUCCGCCCUGAGUCCCACCACCAAUCUUCUGUUCAACGCUCAGCUGGCGCUGGCCGCCCACCAUCCCGGCUCGCUGUUCACGCAGGCUUACCUCCAGGGCGCCGCUGCCGGCGGCCACCCGUUCAAGAUGACCGGCGGCCUGUCCGGGCUGGGCCGGUUUCACCCGUACCACCUGGGACUGCACCACAACCCGGCGUCCGUGGGCUCGGCGUUCGAGACGGUCACGCCGGGCCGGUGUUCGUCGGCCGGCAGCACGCCGCCGCCGGCGCCGCUCGAUCUGCAGUCGCCCACCAACGGCCGGCAGAAGUCGCCGACGCCCGACCGCCAACGGCCGCAGCCGGCCAAUCCCCUGCCGGCGGCCAGCGAACUCAAGUCCAUCGAAAAAAUGGUCAACGGGCUGGACUCGAGCGACGAACAGCCGGUGGCCGCUGCGGUUAAGUAAAGUAAUAAAAAUAAAUUAAAAGAACGUACAUGAUACCUAUUUUCUUCUACGAGUUUUCAUUCGGCUUUAUUAUUAUUAUUAUUUUCUUGUUUUCCAUAUUAUAAAAAUAUUUAUAUAUAAUAUACUAUAUAUUAUACUAUUAUUAUUAUUAUUAUUACUAUUAUUACUAUUAUUACUAUUAUGACUACCCACUAUUACUACUCAACAGUUGUAUAUAUAAUUAUUACGGAGAAAAUUGGCAUUGUAAUUUUAGUAAAUAGACGAAAGAUAUUUAUUGCGAUUAGAGAAUGUAUAAAUAAAUUAUAUAAUAUAUAAUAUAAUAUAAUAUAUAUGUUGUAGAAAAAAGUGCAAUAGUAUAAUAAUAAAUAGUAUUUAUUUAUUAGUUAAAAAUUAUCGAUAUAAUAUUGUAAUAAUUUAAACGUUUAAGUAGGUUUUAUUAUUAUUAUUUUCAUUAGAUUUAGUGAUUGAAUUGUAUAGAUUGUAUUGGUUUUCCAAGUUACAAUAGAACCCCCCCCCCUCCCGACAAUUUCGAGAAAAAAAAAUGUUCCUAAUUAAAAAUGUUAUGUUACAAAAAAAAUUAAUUUUAAUGACAUCGAGCAAAUUUGGCCAGUACAAAAAAAGUAUUAAUUCAUAAUGAUAUUUUAAUAAUAAUGAUAAUAAAAACACUGUUCCUACGCGUUUUUUUUUUCAAAACUGGUGCUAAAACUUGGACUAUUGUAUUAAUUGAGAACAAAAACCUGCUCACGUUUUGGAAAGACCAUUUUUUUUUCAUUUAACUUGUGUACAUAUCUUCAAUUUUUUUAGCGACUAUUACCGACGUUUUAUUGUAUAUUUCCGGCUUAGUAUGUUGAUACUAAUCGGCCUUACUAUAUAUAAUGUAAUAUACAUUUGUUGUGUGCUAUAUAAUUUUUUCUUGUGUAAACAAAAUAUAA